AUGCCAUCUACCACCACAAGCACAAUGCCAAUGCGGCCACACCUCAACAGCAGCAGCAGCAGUAGCAGCAGCAUGAGACUUCGUCUAUUGCUGACUCUCACAAUUCUGACAACCAGUUUGGGACUGUCAUUGUCGUCAUUUUCACAAUUUCAUGGAACCUCCUUGCAGUCACCAUUUGCAGCACCAAACAAGCCACAUCCACCUCAAAAUCGCGCUUCCUUGACAAUGCGCAAACAGAAGGCAUCGGACCGCCGGACCCGACGGAUGCAAAUGGGCGGAGAUCAAAUUGUACAAGAACUCAUUCGUGACAGUCUACGACAAACUGUGACUAGUUCACCAAUGCAACAAACUGGAGAAUGGAAACAAAAGAAACGACGGGGAAUUCAAUCUUACAAAGAAAAGACUGGGGGACGAGGACGAUCCCGCAAACGAGCAACACUCUACAACAGUUUGUCGUCCUAUCACAACAAGUUUCUGAACAUGUUGACGGACGAAUACAAUCAUGAGGAACAAGAAGUAAUGGGAAGAAUAAAGCGAUCCUUGGAUGAUCCACUUGGAUUGGAGAUUGCGGGACAUGCCAUUUACGACUUGUUCCCCCAACGGAGGGGUAAUUUGUUUUCGGACGAAGUGUAUCGAUUGGUCAAGGCCCAUGAUGCCACCACUAAAUUUGAGGAUCCAGAAGAUGAAACGAAUGGCAGCCGCAAGUUGUUGCCGCCAAAUCACAAGGUUUCCAACAACGAUGUGAUACUGCUGACAUUUCAGCCACAUGGAAGUGGGGAUUUUUUCAAUGCCAACAACUUGCCCGCCAGUACCACUGCAAUUUCUGUGGAAGGCCGAGUCAUUUCCACCGGACCCACCUAUAUUGAUAUUGCUCUUUCAGGAGGGGCGUUUGAAGCUGCUUUUGGUCCGGCACCGAACAAUGUGGGAACAGCGGGUCCUGGGGAUUCUCGCAUGAGGCUACGAUUGGAUCGCUUCUUUUCCAAUGUGCCCUACACUCGCAUGGUAGAAGCUGUCGCACAAAUAUCAUCCAUUCCCGAACGAACCAAGCCAACUUCCGAAUUGACUCCUGAGGAUGAAAAUAAGGGUGGGAAGAAGGACGCCGAGGAAAACCCUCAAGCCAAUAUUUCCAUGGACGACGUUUUUAAGGAAGUCAUCAUUUCGACACAUGCAUUCACAGAUCCUGAUAGUCAAUUGUUUCACGAAAUUGAAGCAUGCGAUCUUCAGUUGUUGUCCCGAAAAAUUGCUAAACCACCAAUGCCAACAUCCCUAAAGCUGGCGAACCAGGCCUUGACCUACAUGCAAAAGAAUCCAAACCAACUUUUCAAUCCCAUGAACGGUCCCCAAUUGGCGUCUAUUGGAGCAGCCCUCACACGAAAGCUGACCAUGAUUCAAGGACCUCCUGGAACAGGGAAGACCACCGUCGCCAGUGCGAUUGGAUUUGGAUUUACCCACCAAUGUAGAUCUAUUUCUCCCAAUUCAAAGGUCUUGGCUUGUGCUUUCAGCAAUGUCGGAGCCGAUAACCUGGCAGAGUCCAUGCUCAAGCUUGGCCUUCGAGUUGUUCGUAUCGGUAAGCCUUCUGGAGUCUCGGAGAAUCUCUGGGACUUUACAUUGGAUUCCUUUAUUGACAAGGACCCCGAGGCCCAAAAGGCGUUGCAAAAUGCGGCCCGGGCCACUGCACAACUGACCAAGAUGCAAAGCCAGCGAAAGGGCAAGAAAGUUGGCAAUGCUCCUAGCGAACGAGCAAUUCAAGAUAUUGCAACCGCUGCAGUGAAAAGCUCCAUACAAGCUUGCAACACAGCUGCAGCCAAGGCUCUUCGAGAAGCAGAUGUCAUUGUAACCACCUCAACUGGUGCAGCCGAUCCACGCCUCAUGGCAGCGUGUGGCAUUCAAUCCAGCAUGGAUGACGUUCGCGAAGAAGAGAAAAAGCAACGUGGGACUGGAAGUAUUCGCGAACGACUUGAUGCUCCGGACGGCCUUCCACCUUUGUCUCUUCCCUUUGUGAUUGUAGACGAAGCGUGUCAGAGUGUGGAACCAGCUACUUUGAUCCCUCUCACGGCUUCCAACAGCUGCCAAUCUUUGGUUCUCCUUGGCGAUCCAUGUCAACUACCUGCCGUUGUGAAAAGUGACCCACAGUCGUUAUUGUCCAUCUCCCUUAUGGAGCGACUGGCGGCAACAUUACCGCAACCAAGUAUCAACAUGAGAAAUGGUGGCUCCGACGAGGAUUCAUCUUAUCUGUCCAGUCUACCCACGAAGCAAGCCCAAUCUCUACUACGAUACAAACAAGGAGGCACACAAGUUGCCUACAAGAAACGGUUUGCUGGAUCACUUCUUCUCAGCACGCAAUAUCGAAUGCACCCAUCUAUUGCUGCCUUCUCGUCAGCAGUCUUCUACGAGGGACUCCUCUCUACACCUUGCCUACUAUCCAGUCACCGUCCAUUCCCCAAGGGAUUGCGUAGCUUGAUGCCACAUGAAGACUCCGGUCUGGCAGUCCGCAUGAUCAAUGUUGGUGGAAGAUGUCACGAACGAAGAGGCGAGGCCAACAAGUUCAGCUCCACCGCAUUUGGCAGCAGAGCGACGAUCCCAGGACAAGAAUCCACAACCUAUAUCAACCAAGCGGAAGCAGAUCGAGUAGUUAAUCUGCUCAAGGACGUUCUCCGCCAAAACAAUGUGAACGAUCCGUUUUCUCCCAAGAGCAUCGGGGUUAUCACUCCCUACAGCGGACAGGUCCAGUUGAUCAAGAGUAUGGUUGCUGGAGACCCAGAGGUCAUGGAAUUAGUGAGAGUGGCCAAUUCGUCCAUCGAAGUGAAGUCUGUGGAUGGAUACCAAGGACGAGAACGAGAUAUCAUCAUCUUCUCUACUGUCCGUUCCAAUAGAAACAACAGUGUUGGGUUCCUAUCUGAUUGGAGAAGAUUAAAUGUAGCAUUGACAAGGGCAAGAAUUGGACUUUUUGUUGUUGGUGAUUUGGACACAUUAAGCAGUGGUGAUAUGCACUGGGCUGCAUUUGCGAAAUGGUGUCAGAGUGCGCAGUGCGUUCUGUAG